UUAUUAAGUCUAUGUGUAAUCAAAUCCUCUUUGGUUUAAUAUUCAGAAAAUUAACUAAUUAACUAUAAAAUAUAGUUUAUAAAUAAUAAUAAAUUUAUCCAAUGUCUUUGGUUCCAGAUUACGGGGAUUCUUCUGAUUCGACUGAUGAAAGUUCAGUAUCUGAUAUAGAAAAAAGUGAAACAGAAGAAAGAAAAUCAAAUGUCUUACACAAGUUACCAACACCAGACUUUCAAGUAAAAAGUACACCUGAUGAAGACGGCCCGCAGACUAACUCGGUCUUCAAAAAUCCAUUUCUUGAAGCAGAAAAUGAAAAAGAAGCUCUCUUGCAGAAACAUGUGAGAAUGGUAGAUCUGAGCAAUGCCAUUGUCAUUAAUGGAAAGAAAAUAUGUUGGAAUUACAGGAAAGGCAAAUGUAGAUUUGGUCAUAAUUGUAGAUUUGCUCAUGAUUCUGAUAUUCAGAAAACAGCAGAACAGAUUGAAGCUGAUAAAAUUUCUCUUCAGGCUAAAGGGGUAGUUGUUCAUAAAGAACAAACACCUACUACACAGAUACUAGAAAUAGAUGAAAAGAAUUCAAAUAAUGGUAAAAGAAAAAGGCCUGGCUUGACUCAGGGUUUAACGCCUGGAAAAAAAGUGAUGAAAAAUUACUAUAAUCAGAAGAAAUGAAUAUAAAAUGUUGAUUAAUAACAAACUAUCAGUUGUUAAUGGUGAAUAAAAAUAAACUUAUGGAAUUGA